AUGGGGGAUGCGUACAAUGCCACGGCGUCGGGUAACCCUAGGAAACGGGCCGUGGAAGCCUGCACUUUCUGCCGUCAGCGCAAGAUCAAGUGCAACAACGAACGGCCCGUGUGUGCGAACUGCAGGACAUACGGCAAGGAUUGCGUAUACGAACCCCUCGGCCGCGACUCGUCACACUCGCCGUCAACGGCCCGCGCGCAGGCACGCCCACAGGCUUCCCGCCGCCACAACAAGACCAGCCGGAGGAGGCCCUUGUCGUCCCGCGUCGCGGCCAAUGACCUGCCCGAGGCCGAGCCUGACGCGUCCCACGUCGCCGGGAGUGAUGGACCGGACCCCGCUUCCGCGAGCACGAGCCAGAACCCGAGCUCGACCCCGAACGGAGCCCAGGAGCGGACGCCGUUGGCCGCCUCGGACCAGGACCGGCACGCGCCUCGGCUCGGCCGCAGCCGCGAGGGCUUGCCCUCCCCUGGCGUCUCCCGCCUAGUCGUAUCCGCCAACGGCAUCUCGAGCUACCACGGCCAGACCAGCGCCCUGUUCGAUGAGAACCCGCAGGACCGGCUGCACGGCGAGUUCCGCCCUCGCGUGCCCGAUGAGUGGGUUGAGAAAGGCCUCGUGGCGGAAGCGGCGAAACAACGCCAGCUCGAAGAGUUGAAUUUCCGCUCGGGCAAGCUGGACUUCGACACGGUCGAUCCCGACCUGGGGAUGCACCUCUUGUCGCUGCAUUGGAACAGGCAGCACCACUCGUUUCUCAUCACAUACCGACCGGCCUUCAUGCGGGACAUGGCCUGCGGCGGCCCGUAUUUCAGCAAGCUUCUUCUCAACGCCAUCUACUUCGGGUCCGCCAAGUUCAGCCCCCGCCUCGAGGUCCGGAAGGACCCCGACGACCCCCGGACCGCCGGGUGGAAGUUUCGGGAGAGGGUGCGCGAGCUUCUCGGUGGCUCAUUGGAUCGCAGUGACAUCACUACCAUACAGGCGUUGCUGGUCAUGACGAACUCUCUCUUCGCCUUGGGCGAUGAACGGAGUGCCGCUUGGCUUUACGCUGGCCUGGCCUUCCGGAUGAUAAUAGACUUGGGACUGCACGUUGAUGUCGCCGAUGGGGCGGGCGCGAGGAAGUUCUCCGACGAAGAUGUCGAAAUCAGGCGGCGAGUUUUCUGGGGAGCUUUUGUUGUCGAUAAAAUCCAGAGUCUUUAUCAGGGUCGUCCAGCAAGCCUGAGGGAAUCAGAUGCCCUGGUCCCGAUCAAGUUCCUCGAUACCUUCGAAGAGUUUGAGUACUGGACGCCGUUCGCCUACACCCCGCAGCCCAGCCCCUACCCCGGCUCAGCUGCCCAUAGCGUCUCGACCUUUACCCACCUGUGCAAGCUGUCGGUGACCAUGAGCGACAUUCUGAGCAACAUAUACACAGAGCGCAGCUUUAAUGGAAGUCCCAUGGACCUGUCCAAGUUGAUCCAGAGCCUCCACUCGAAACUCACCACCUGGAAAGAAGCAUUGCCUCCACAUCUGGCCGUCGAGACCGGCGGCGACCAGGUUCCAUGCCCGCCGCCUCACGUGCUCAGCCUGCACGCAAUGUACUACGUGUUGAUCAUCCUCCUUCACCGGCCCUUUGUCGCAGACGGUCAUCUCCACAACAUGUCCCGCUCUGUGUCGGUCAACUCGUUCAUCGAGUGUGCCUCGGCAGCCACCAACAUUGUCACCCUCCUCCGAGCAUACGAUCGGGCAUUUUCGGUGCGUCGGGCUCCAUAUCUGAUAUCGUACGCCACGUACGUUGCGUCGACAAUCCUCGUCCGCAUCGCCGCCAAGCGCGGGCGCGCAUCCGAAGCACAUAGCAGCCUCGAGACCUGCCUUGCCGUCUUCCGCGAAAACCAAGAGACGAACUGGGCGGUCAGGAGGGCGAACCUCGUGGUCCGGAAUGUUAUGAAGCGCCUUGGAGUUUCCAUCGACGAAAGCGAGCAAGAUCUGCAGAUACACGUUGACAAGGACACGGAGCCCGCCCUGCCAACGGCUCAACCACCCCAUCCGACACACGGGGCCGGUCCGCUGGGUGGUCCAAACGGCGAUGGCCGGCCGACUGGAUCUCCCAGCAACAAUUGGCUCAAUAUCGACGAGAUCAUACAGAGUUUCGUCCGUGAAGCUGGCGAAGCGGGCGAACAAGGCAACCAACUGCACAGCGGGACGGUCCAACCGGUGUUUCCCAUGCUACAACAAGUCGGCUCGUCGGCGCAGGGACACGGAGGCGGCGUCACUCUCCCGGUCCCGCAAUCAUUGCAGUACGGCCAUGGAGCGACACAUUCGCGGCCCAGGGACCACAGUACCGGCCAGGACUUCUACGGGCAUGUGGCGGCCUGGCAACAACACCCGGGGCCCGACAUCGUGCUUGGAACUGGUUCCGUGGAUGAUCUGCUCUUUGGUUUCAACGGAUCGGCGCUGGACAGCUUUCCUAACCUCAACUGGGAGCCGAUAUAG